AUGGUCAUACGCCUACCGCUUCAUAUUUCCCGCCCCCUCAGUCUAUGCACACCAGCCCACAGACACAACCAACCUACCGCCGUAUCACGAAAGCAACGAUCUCAACCGCAACUUCUCCUCGGCGGAUUCGAUGUCGACGAUCAUGUCAGUCCUACGCAGGUUCUCGACGAAGCCGCGAUCGAAAACGAGGACGACGACUACUGGGACGUUCAAUCGGACGAAGAGAUGUUUGAAGCGGAAACAGUCGAGGACGAGCAGGCCCUACUUGCGAGCAAGGAAUUCAGUAACAUACGUCGCAUACACCUCGAGAAUUACAAUGAGCUUGGAAUCAGACGAUACGAUGCGUUCUUGUACGACGGGUUACUGUCGCACUAUAGACCGGAGUAUGCAGCAAGCCCCCUGCGCAAUCCCAAGACUGCGAGGGUUUUCGCGCACUACAUUCAUGUGACCGGACCUACACUGUCGAUGUACGAACGAAAUCCCCGAAAUCCCACUCUCAUCUUCGAAAGCACUACACACCCAGCUCAGCAAGGACUAUGGACACAUACAUUACCUUUGAAGGCUCUGAGCCACCAAGGACUUUUACACGCCAUGCUAGCGCUAGCAAGCCUGCACAUCGCAAGACUGCAGGGUGCUUCUAUAACGCCGUCCUACAAACACUAUGCAUAUUCACUUAAACGCCUCGUGCGCUCUCUCGGCAACCCUACAAAACGUCUAUCAACAAACACACUAGCGACUUCCUUACUCCUGGCUUUCUACGAAGUCUGGACGGCAGAACAUGUGAAAUGGGGAACACAUCUCGUCGGUGCCCAGCGCCUAAUCACCGAGCUCGACUUCCGGUCACUCACGCGAGAGUACAGACGCAUGCGAGCAGCGCAAACGGCGAUGGAACGACAGUUCCCACACCAGAAUCCGGAGAUGCUGUUUGACCAACGACAGUUCGACCAGAGGCUCAAAGACAGCGCUUUGAUGCCAGAUCAAGGUCUUGUGAGCACGAUAGUGGGGAAGAAGGUUAAUUACGACGACUUUGGAAUGGUGUUUGAGGACAAUGGCGCGAGGCACGACGCGAGGCAAAGCAUACCCGCAAAACUGGACUUGCAAAGUUUCGAGACACUGCAGGAUAUUUACUGGUCAUAUGCUAGGCAUGAUGUUUACCAGAGCAUCGUGAGCGGCCAUCGUCUCAUUAACCCCUACCAUGCCCUUUACGGCUCCCACGAUCACAUCAUUCUUCUCCUAGGUCGUAUCGCAGAUUUUACAGUUCGAGACCGCACUCGCAAACUUCGACAAGUGGAAGCGGAUGGAGGAUGGCGACCUCGCCCAGGUAUGCCCGGUUUUGGCAGCAUGGGACCACCUCCCAGCGGCCCACCUGGUCAACAACAAAUGCAUGCGGGUUCUGGAGGACCUCCACCUCAGAUGCAAGGUCCGCCGCCAGGAUGGACAGGGCAAGGACCACCACAGCCACCACCUGGCUUUGGCCCACCACCCGGAUCGACUGGAGGACCACCCCGAAGCCAACCACCACCCAUGCCCAAUUUCUACGGCAUGGCCCCCUCCGCAGGCCCCGGCCCCAUCCUCUCCAGCUACGAAAACCCAAACUACGAACGCUCACCCCCUACCCCCAACGUACCCAAUCCGCAACACGCCGACCUACCCACCCUAUACGAGAAAGCAGUCUCAGAAUGGGAAACCAUAAUGGACGCCCACACAUCCGUCUUACGAGUUCUAGAACAAAGCGAAGGCUUCGCUCCAUUACCAGAAGACACUUAUCCACCACCCGUACCAGGAGGCCGGCCCCACGAACACGGUGGAAACAUGACACCCUUCGGCCCAGCCAUUCUUCACAGAAGCUACGACAUAUCCAUCCUAUGGGGCCUCGCCUAUCUCUCCAAAAUCAUCCUUUUGAGAUCCCACCCUGGCAUGCCACCCGCCGCGCAAAUGGCCGCCGGCGUCUGCGCCUCCGUUACAGCACCUUACUGCAUGCUCAUCGGCCGUAUAUGGGCUAGCGUCAGCAUGCCCGUUACAUCAGACCUCUCCCCUUUCCUCGGCGCCGUCUUGACAGAAUCAACCCUCUCUCUUUUCUUCGCUGGAAUCACAUUUCACGACCCGCGGCAGCGCGAGUGGCUCAUUACGCGUCUGCUCGAAACAGACAAGAAAACGGGGUGGGCGAGCGCGGGUAUUAUUGCUAAAGGGUGUGAGACGGCGUGGGAGAAGGCGGCGGAGAUGGGGAGGGGGCCGCCGUAUAAGAGACGGACUAAGAAGGUGCAGCCUGUGGAUAGGGAGGAGGUUGAGACUGAGGUUAAUAGGGAGGGUAUGAGAGGAAAGGAGAGGGAAGAGGGGAGGGUGCAGGAGAUUGGUGAGACGAGGUUUGUAGUUAAGAGUCAGAGGCCGCCUUGGGCUAUGAAUCUUUUGGGGACGGAGGAGGAUCUUAGGGUGGGAAUGGAGAGGUUUGGGCUUUGA